AUGCAUCUGCUCUUCCUGCUGCUUCUGCUGCCAACCCCGUCUCACCUGGAGGCCAUCUGUGAGGGGUCCAGAGAGGCCAGCCAGAUGGAUGUGAACUGUGAAGCGCUGGGGCUGAAGGUACUGCCUUCAGACCUGCCAGCAGACACAAGCAUCCUGCGCCUGGGUCAGAACCCCCUGGUCACCUUCUCCACAGCCUCUGUGGUGCCCCUGACUCACCUCACCCAGCUGCACCUGGACCAUACUCAGCUGGCCAAGCUGCAGACUGACGGGCCGCUGCCGCAGCUGGAGACGCUCACUCUCUCACACAAUCAGCUGAAAAGCCUGCCCCCACUGGCACAGGCCCUGCCAGCGCUCACACUCCUGGAUGUCUCCUUCAACCAGCUGGCCUCCUUGUCUCCAGGGACCCUGGAUGGCCUGAGUGGACUCCAGCAGCUUUACCUACAAGGCAAUCAGUUCAAGAAUCUGCCCCCGGGGCUUCUGGUACCCACCCCAAAGCUGCAGAAGCUCAACCUGGCUAACAACCAGCUGAGAGAGCUUCCUCCCGGGCUCCUGGAUGGGCUCACGGAGCUCGACACCCUCUACCUCCAAGGGAACUGGCUGCACACGGUACCAAAGGGCUUCUUUGGGGACCUCCUCCUGCCUUUUGUUUUCCUCCACAGCAACCCCUGGACAUGCGACUGCGAGAUUCUUUAUUUCCGUCGCUGGCUGCAGGACAAUGAAAAAAAUGUCUACUUAUGGAAGGAAGGUGUGGAUGCCAAAGCCAUGACCCCCGAUGUGAGCAGUGUGCUAUGUUCUGGCAGUUUUGAGAAACCUGUCUACACCUACCCCAUCAAGGGCUGCCCCAGCCUGGGGGAUGCUGAGGAAGACUAUGACGACUACGACCACUAUGACAACGAAGAGGAUCUAAAGCAUAAGGUGCAGGCCACGAGGGCUGUGGUCAAGUUCUCUACCAACACCAGAGACUAUACAACCCCCAGGGGCCGACUCUACUCAGAGUCUACUGCUUCUCCAGGCAGCCAAAUGUUCUCAUUGGCCCCACCCCUAGAAUCCACGACAAGACAGACCACAUUCCCAAGCAAAAAGAUCUUAUACCCCAUCACAUUCCCGUCUACCACAUUCUCUAAAAUCCCAAAACUCACUACAAAAGCCACCACCACCCCAACCACCCUAGAGCCCACCACCACCCCAACNNNCACCCCAACCACCCCAGAGCCCACCACCAUUCCAACCACCCCAGAGCCCAUCACCACCCCAACCACUCCAGAGCCCACCACCUCUCCAACCACCCCGGCGCCCACCACCCCCCCAACCACGCCGGAGCCCACCACAUUCCUAACUCCUACAGAAUCCAUCUCAUUGCCUAUGACCGCAGAAUCCACAAGCUUCUCUGAACCUGGCAAUCUCCUGAAUGUCAGAGCGAUGGCUCCAGGGAGUUUGGACAGCUCCAGAAAUGACCCUUUCCUUGGCUCUGACUUGUGUUGCCUCCUCCCCCUGGGCUUCUAUGUGUUGGGUCUUCUCUGGCUCCUGUUUGCCUCUGUGAUCCUCAUCCUGCUGUUGAUUCAGCUGCAGCACGUGAGACCCCAAACCGCAGCUGUACGCACCACACACCUGGAGCUGCAAAGGGGCAGGCAGGUGACUGUGCCCCGGGCUUGGCUGCUCUUUCUCCAAGGGUCCCUCCCCACUUUCCGCUCCAGUCUCUUCCUCUGGGUAAGGUCCAAUGGCCGUGUGGGUCCUCUAGUGGCAAGACGGUGGCCCUCAGCCCUGAGUCUAGGUCGUGGGCAAGAUCUGCUGGGCACAGUGGGUAUCAGGUACUCUGGCCACAGCCUUUGA